CUUCUGACAUACGUGCUUGCGUGCGACACCCCGACCCUCGUUUCUCUUUUCACCCUCUCACAAUCUUUGGCACGUUCUGUUCUUCCUCAUUUCUCCUUAGUCAUGAAGUUCUUUCCCUUUCUCUCCGCCGCCGCAAUUGCCUGCACUUCAGUUCUCGCACAUCCACUUCACCCUGACGAGCACAGCCAUGUAUUGGAAAAGCGCCAGCAAACCAACGUUCCCUUGCUCACUCCCAGCGGAUCUACAUACCCUCGAUUGGAAGUCAGGCAAUUGAAGGACACAAAGCCUAAUCAAUGGACUCUCCUCGUUCUUGCCAUGAACCAAUUCAUGACCUCGAGCGGACAGAGCAGCUACUUCGCCAUUUCCGGUAUCCAUGGCGUGCCCAGAGUCAACUACAACAACGUUGGCCAAUGUAGCUCUUGCGGUGGCGCUGAUGGAUACUGUGCACACGAUUCCGUUCACUUCCCUGCAUGGCACCGCGCAUAUCUCGCCUUGUUUGAGCAGGAACUUCUGAAGGUCGCUAUGAACAUUGCAAACCAAUAUCCAUCCAGCACCAGAGCGAGCAUGGUUGGCGCUGCGACUCAAUUACGUCUGCCAUACUGGGACUGGGCCGCAAAACCACCUUCAGGUCGACCAGUUCUUCCAUAUAUCGUCACCGAUGUUGAGGUCACCGUCAACGGACCCCAGGGCUCGACGACCAUCACGAACCCAUUCUUCCGAUACGACUUCAAGAGCACCGAACGAAGCCAAAUGUACUAUGCACCCUUCACCACCUGGACUCGCAGCUAUCGCUAUCCAACCAGCAAUAGCGCCAGUGCUACCAGUAACACGCAGGCCGCCGUCAAUGCCAUGACCCAGAAUCGUCAGAGUUUGCAGGAUCAAAUCUACCAGCUCUUCACCAACUGCAAGACUUACCUCUACUUCAGCAACGACGAUGCCGGCUCAUCCACAUCUGGCUGCUCUAACUCGAUCGAGGGCAUCCACAACACCAUUCACGUCCUUUCCGGCGGUCCAGGAACCAGCUCGGUCUCUGGUGGCCACAUGACUUACCUGCCAUCUGCAUCUUUCGAUCCAAUCUUCUGGCUUCACCACUGCAAUGUCGACAGAAUCUUCGCCAUGUGGCAGGCUCUCAACCCAAACCAAUAUGGAGCAUCUCAGGUCGCUCCACAUAGCACUUGGACCAUUGCUCAGGGAUCCACUCAGAAUGCACAAUCUCCUUUGACUCCAUUCAAGAAGGCUGACGGCAGCUUCUGGAACACGAACGACGUCCGAAGCACCACCAGCGCUUUCAAGUACACCUACCCAGAAUUCGCAAACAGCGAUGGCAGCGCCACUGCCAUCCGCGGAUAUGUCAACAGACUCUACGGACCCAGCGCCAGUGCCACGGCGGGCUCUUCCAAGCGUGAUGCCGAGCCACAGGACCCAUCUGUGGCCAGCGCCCUUGCAUCAGUAUCCAGCGCCGCCGCCCAAGUUGCCGAUAUCCUCCCCGGAAACCCACUCGCAGCAUCCAACGGCUCUCUCUACCAAUACGUCGCCAAUGUGCAGACUCCUCGGUACACUCUCAACGGAACCUACAACGUCCUUGUCUUCAACGGAAAGCCAGUCUCUGAAGACCCCUCGACCUGGACCACCGACAAGAACCUCAUUGGAACGAUGGGUGUCAUGUCGCAGCCAGGCAAGACCGAUCACAACACGAUCUGCUCCGGCUCCAUCCCGCUUACGCGCACCCUCCAAAACAUGGUCGGCGGCGGCAGCGGACUUCUUUCUAGCUUGGCAGAAAUUAUCGUUGCCCCAUAUCUCACCAAGAAUUUGGAAUGGCGCAUUGCCCAGGAUGGCAAGAGCAUCGACACCGGAUCUGUCGACGGUUUCGUGGUGUCUGUCGUCACAUCCAGCGCCCAACCUCCAUCCGAUCCCAACGAUUUCCCCGAGUACUCGCCUUUCAUCCCACUCGUGGACAUCACCAAGGGACAAUCUGGCGGAGCGAACUCCACCCAACAAGCGGUUCCUCAUCCGUGAUUGUAUCAGCUAGACAGAUAGCAAGCAGUAGCAGCACCGGGCCCAGGACGGGGGAAAAUUUGUAUAUAUGGUACGGCAUGACGUUUGAGGUGUGAAGCGGAGCAUCGUUAGGCGGCGUUGAUUCUACACUACUUUCUGUGUCGUGUACGAUUUCACGACGAGAGAUGGACAUAAUCCAGAGACUUAAUAAUACUAUCAUCAGAAAGUCGGAGACAGACAGUAGAACAUCUAAUCAUCAGCUCGUGCUUCUCA